AUGACAACAACUUCUCCGUUAACUCCUGGCUCGUCCAGCUCGGUGAACUUGGGCUCUUUUUCGGCUUCCAUUGGCUCUUCGUCAAUAGGUAUUCCUGAUCUCUGGUCCAAUUUGAAUGGAAAAGGGCAGUCUAGUAGCCAAAGUGGUGCUGUAGGUAGUGGCUCCUCUACUGGUGCCAGCGCUUCUGGCUCUGGUUCCGGGCCUGGGUCAAAUCCUGUCACAAGUACCGCUUCGAGCCACUCAUUGCAGUCUAAGCACUUCCCUGUUUCCAGACAUAGUAAUGUUAUCGGAAUCGGAUCUGGCAUUGGAUCGGGACUCAGCUCUGCAAUUGGCCCAUACUCGAUUCCAUCGUCCCCUAGCUCAUCGUCUUCCUCGUCGUCAUCAGCUACUACCAAUGCUUCGUCCCAGCCAAGUUUACUGGCUAGAUCUGCAACCACUCCUUCUUUCUUCAAAGAUGGUGGAAUUUGGGGCUCGUCCAGUGGUACUGGACCCGGAGCUACAUCUACAUCCAGCGCCGCUCCUUCGAGUUCUGGUAUUAUGAUCCCCCCUCAACCCAGUAAUGGAGUAACUGGCCUUAGUGCGCUAUACCAUCCAAAGCCGUCGUCGUAUAAGGCAAUGGGUACUGCUCCAGGUACACCUUUUGAUGAUACCAUGGGAUUUUUCCAGGAUCCUUUGAGCGGCCAACAGCAGUCACAGCACCAGCACCAGCACCAGCACCAACACCAACACCAACAUUUACAACAGCAGCAGCAACAGCAGCAGCAGCAGCAGCAACCUCACCAGGUCAUUGGAUUCUCUCCAAAAUCUGUUCCCUUUGAUUUUGCAACUCAUGGGUCGGGCCACAAUACCAAUAUUCCUGGAUCGACUUCUUCGUCGUCAACCCAGGCCCCUUUCUUUGGAAGAUCCAACUCAGCAGCUGGCUUGGGUAUUUCACCGUCAACCCCUCCACACCAUCCGGGCCUUACUCGUCACCAAAGUUUAUCCACCCAGUCUCCAUUCCCUGCUAACACUUACCAACAAUCUCAUGGUUUCCAGCACCAUGUGUCCCAUCAGCGAAAUAAUAACAAUUUUGGUGGUGGGAUCAGCAACUCUGUUAGCUUUGACCUGUACCAGGAAGGAGGAUCUAGCUCAAACAGUCCUCCAAGCAACAAUUCUACCGGACUUUAUGUCUUCACCGAUAUUAAAGGCUCAAGACCGAGCCAAAUUGCCAAUGCAUCUACUGUUGGAUCACAACAAUCUCCAUUUCUGGCACAAUCUCCUCAGUCAAUGACUCCUCCUCUUAUGGUAAACGGUUUUGAUAAUAUGAUGAUGAUUGAUGAACAGCAGAUGCAGCAGCAGUUCUCUCAUAACUCUGUGAACAUUAAUAAUGGGUUGAGUCAAGCUUCUUCUGGUACAAAUAUCCAUUUCCAACCUCAUCUACACCAACAGUCCCAAAUUCCGAACCACCAGUCACGAUUGAAGUCUGGAUUUAGAAAGGAAGACUUGAUGACUGGAGCAGGGUCUCCCGGUAGCAGUGCGCCAUCGACUCCUACAGCAAAUGCUCUGUCAUCUUCUGUUGCAUCAGCUGCUUCCAACUCUCCUGCUAGCAACAUUGCUCGUCAAAAUGCUGUUAAUAGCAAAAAGUCCGGUAAACCCACUACGAAUACUGAACUUUAUAAGACUGAACUUUGUGCUUCGUUUAUGAGCACUGGUGGAAACUGCCCAUAUGGUGAAAAAUGUCAAUUUGCUCAUGGUGAUAAGGAGCUGAAAGUCAUAGAUAGACCCCCUAAAUGGCGAUCGAAACCUUGUCAAAACUGGGUUAAGACGGGUUCUUGUUCAUAUAAUGACCGAUGCUGCUUCCGCCAUGAUACCCAAUGA